UUUGCCCACUGCUCAAGAGAGGGAAACACAAACCAGCGAUGGCAUCCACACCAACACAAACGAAUUCCAAGCAAAGCAGUCGAGGAAGACAAAGUCAAGGUAACUUCAAGUCUCCCCUUGGUCAGCUGUUCAAGUCUCCGCUUAGCUCAACGAGAUGUCCUGCAGCCGAGAGUGGGGAGACGUUACAGGCAGACAUUACUGCCCUUCAUGCAAGGCUGUCCCAGGUAGAGACGGAGAUUCGGCAGAUGAACAACGAUGGGUACAGACAGGAGGAGCUUCAGUCACACAUAGAGAAACUGCAUGAGUACAACGAGAUCAAAGACACAGGGCAGAUGAUCCUCGGCAGGAUAGCAACAAUGGAAGCUGUGAGAACAAAGGACCUGUAUGAGAAAUAUGGGUUAGAGUUGGAGGAUUGACAGAACUUGUGUGAUGUCAGCUUUUAUUCUGUCCGAGUUGUCCUCGAACCUCUUUUAGAUAUGACCUGAAUGGACUGUCCUAUUUGGCCAGGAACCUCUAUUAGAUGUGACCUGAAUGGACUGUCCUAGUUGGCCAGGAACCUCUAUUAGAUGUGACCUGAAUGGACUGUUCGAGUUGGCCAGGAACCUCUAUUAGAUGUGACCUGAAUGGACUGUCCGAGAUGGCCAGGAACCUCUUAGAUGUGACCUGAAUUGACUGUCAGAGUUGACCAGGAACCUCUUAGAUGUGACCUGAAUGGACUGUCAGAGUUGGCCAGGAACCUCUAUUAGAUGUUUCCUGAAUGGACUGUCAGAGUUGGCCAGGAACCUCUUAGAUGUGACCUGAAUAGACUGUUCGAGUUGGCCAGGAACCUCUUAGAUGUGACCUGAAUGGACUGUCAGAGUUGGCCAGGAACCUCUUAGAUGUGACCUGAAUGGACUGUCCUAGUUGGCCAGGAACCUCUUAGAUGUGACCUGAAUGGACUGUCCUAGUUGGCCAGGAACCUCUUAGAUGUGACCUGAAUGGACUGUCCUAGUUGGCCAGGAACCUCUUAGAUGUGACCUGAAUGGACUGUUCGAGUUGACCAGGAACCUCUUAGAUGUGACCUGAAUGGACUGUCCGAGUUGGCCAGGAACCUCUUAGAUGUGACCUGAAUGGACUGUCCGAGUUGGCCAGGAACCUCUUAGAUGUGACCUGAAUGGACUGUUCGAGUUGGCCAGGAACCUCUUAGAUGUGACCUGAAUGGACUGUCAGAGUUGGCCAGGAACCUCUUAGAUGUGACCUGAAUGGACUGUCCUAGUUGGCCAGGAACCUCUAUUAGUUGUGACCUGAAUGGACUGUCCUAGUUGGCCAGGAACCUCUAUUAGAUGUGACCUGAAUGGACUAUCAGAAUUGGCCAGGAACCUCUACAACAUAAUGCCUGAAUGCUUGGUCCUGCUAAAACCUCUUUUAGAUGCAGCAUUAGAUUAAAGGCUCUGUGAAACUUGACAGUAAUCCUGUUAGAUUGGACCAGAAACUUGUUCUGGGCUUCAGCUGAUUUGCUUGAUACUAUCUGACAUGAGGUACGGUUCCUGUCUCCUCCUGUUGGACGAUGCAGCCUCUAUACUGAAGGAAUGUUAUUUGAUUUGUUGUUCAAGAUUAUUGAAUUAAUGUCUUUCAUUCUGCAAAUUCGCAUUUGUUUACUUUUAAAUAAAUGUAUUAAACUAUGAAUGUUUGGGUUCCCUA